AUGGACGCGACAGGGUCUAUAAACAGCGAUAUUUGUGUUGAAAAUGACGAGGACCUUAUCGAGGACUCCGAAGAGAAAGAAUUAGUGACCGACUCCUGUUCGACCAAAGUCCUUAACAUAGAACAACCUGUUGAUAAAUAUUGUAUUGUCUACAUAUUGUUUUACCUUUUCGGAGUCUCAUCAUUAGUGCCAUGGAAUUUUCUAAUUACCGCCAAUGAUUAUUGGAUGUAUAAAUUUCGGGAUGUGCCACCGAACAAUCUCACGAUGGAAGUACGGAAGACUCAGUUUCAAGCUGAGUUCACGUCGUACCUCAAUGUAGCUACUGCUAUACCCAAUCUAAUAUUCCUGAUCCUGAACUCUUUGUAUGGACAUCUGGUGUCUCUAAAGAGCAGAUUACAAAGUUCCCUCAUCGUUGUAACCAUCUCAUUCCUUGUGACGACUGCACUCGUCCAAGUUAACACUGACGAGUGGCAGAACGGAUUCUUUAUAAUAACUAUGGUCACGGUUGUUAUUAUGACAGCGGCCAGUGCCGUAUUCAUAGGCGGCUUGGUCGGAAUAGCGAGUCGUUUCUCAAAGGAAUACAUGGCGGCCGUCGUGAGCGGACAAUCGUUAGGCGGAAUCAUAGCCGCCGUAGCCCAAAUAAUAUCAUUAGCUUUCAAAAUAUCGCCACAGCACAGCGCCUUAAUAUACUUCAUAAUAGCCGACGUAUUAGUCAUAACGUCGUUGAUAUCGUACAUAAGUUUGUACAAAAUCGAUUUUUUCACUCAUCACAUCCUGCAAGGAUCAGGGAUGGUUACCAAUAGGCACCGAGAGGUGUCGAUGGUGAAUAUAAUGAAGAAGAUAUGGGUUUACGCGUUCAGUAUUUUCGCGAUAUUCGCCAUAAGUAUGGCUGUUUAUCCGGCUGUCACGGUGCUCGUAGAGUCCCAUCCUGCUACUAAAGGAACAGAUUGGAAUAAUAUAUUCUUUGUACCGGUUGUCAACUAUUUAAUAUUUAAUUGCGGAGAUUACUCCGGCAGACUGGUCGCUGGCUUUCUACUGAGGCCAUUAAACCAAUGGGUCAUAGCGAUAGCGAGCAUUAUCCGUAUCAUAGGAGUGCCUAUGUUGAUGCUAUGCAAUGCUAAACCAAGGAAACACCUCCCCGUGCUGUUUUUGUGGGACUACGAGUAUAUCAUGAUAAUGAUUGUAUUCGCUUUCACCAACGGAUAUCUGACUAACAUUGUCAUGAUCAAUUCUACAAGAGUUGUAGAGUUCCACGAGAGAGAGAAAGCUUCAUCGGUAAUAGCAACAAUGUUGAGCGUCGGUCUUACCGUCGGAGCAGCUGUCGGUCUGUUACUAGUAAGAGUGCUAUAAAAUAUAAUGGUAUAGAAAUAUUUAAAAUAAGAUUUUUGCUUUCGCAAUGUGAUGAAAUUGAGUCAGUUCUAACUCAUCAAGGUUGCCGGCGCUAAGUUUGGGUGCCGCUUAUUACUUAGAAUUAAGUAAAUCAUACUAUCAGACUAUCCACACCUCAAACAUUUAAUUUCUUGCCAUUAAUUUAACAGAAAAUUUAUUAUUUAUUAAUCAGUUGUAAUUUUCUCUUACAUUACAUAAAACGCGAUGUUAAAAUGGUCCUUUGAGCCAAAUUGCCGCGACGCUCUUAUAAAAAAUAUCGAUUUUUUUUAAAUUUAGUAGUUUGCUUUUUAUUUAUUAAAAUAUAAGUCAUUUUCGCGUAAAUAAUAAGAUUUUGUUAGAGGUAAACUUGAAUUAUCACAGUAAGAUGUUUAAGUACACAUAAGGAGGUAUUUUUUAGCUUUGCUCUCUGUGUUCGUUUUUUUUAUCAUUUAAUAGGCAACAAAACAUUCCAGUAAUUUUAAUUUUACACGAGUUAGUAAUUAAAUAUUUAAAUAAACGAAAGAACGAACCGAAUGAAGUAUUGGAAACAUGUCACUUUUUCACGCGGUAUCAUCUUUUUUGUCAUUUCACAAUAUUACUGCCAUGAACAGAUUUGAAAGGUUUGUAACUUCUGAAUAGUGUUUAUUUCGGAAAACAACUUUCUAUUUAUUUAAAAAAUGCGAAGGCUAUUUUUAUAUUCAAAUUUUGUAACAUACGUUGGAACUUUCUGAUCUAAACUGUUCAUACAGUUCUAUUCAUGAAAAUGAAAAAAAAAAUUAAGUGCAAAAAAAAUCUUUUUCAUUCGAAAAACAGAUUCCAAAAUUAUUUUCACAACUUGCAGCUAAAUCUCUCAAAGUUGUCAUGACAGGAUGAUCUGAAGUUACAUUAAAAUGUCACAAACUUCAGAAUUGAAGUACAAAAUAUAACUUAAAGGCAGAUAUAACUUAAUUAUGUAGGUAGGUAUGUAUAUAAAUAGCAAUUUUUGUAUAUUACUGUUUUGUAUGUUAUUUAAUGCAUUUAUGGUAUUAAUUUUAAAAAGCUGACGAUGUAGGUAUUUUUUAAAUGCCCAAAAUAACCAAACAUUCCCAAAAUACCUCAUUUUUAACUCAUUUAUUAAUUAUUCUUGAUAUAUUAUAAUCAUAAUAAUUUCAUAAUAACGUAUUAUAACAACAAAAUCUUAUUUUAAAACUUAAUAAAUGCGGAAUCAGUACUUGAGUCAUUAAAAUUUUGAUUAUAAAUCUAAAUUAAUUAAUGCUAAGAAAAAAAUAUUUUGCAUUUAUUUAGUGUCUUGCACUCAAUACAACCGCAUUAGUCAAACAAAAACUUGUAGAGUUAUAUUGAUUAUUUAAAAAAAAAACUCUUACACAUAUAUAAUUGUAAUUAAAUUUACUUAAAACAACAAUGCAGAUAAUCAAAGAUGGUGUUUAAAAAAUUAUUAUAUUGAAAUCUAAAAAUAUCAAUAUUUAUAUACAUAUAUCUCAUAUCUAUUGUAAUAUUUAAGUAAAAUAAAAGAUCUCAGUAUUUUAUUGUUAAAAAUAAUAUACCAAUUAAUGAGAAUUAAAUCAUGUAACAUAGUUGUAAGUUUUAAAAGUUUUAUUAUUAUGUAUGUAUUAAGCAGUAUGUAUCCAGUACGCGGAGUAGAAGUGAAACUUCUUAAUAAAGAGACAAAGAGAGACUUCAUAAACAAAAGUUA